AUGGCCUUUGCAGCUUCCCUGGCCAAGCUCCAAGCAGAGGCCAGCUGCCCCAUCUGCCUGGAUUACCUGACAGACCCAGUGACCACUGAGUGUGGGCACAACUUCUGUCCCUCCUGCAUCCACCAGCGCUGGGAAGGUCUACAGGGCACCAUUCCCUGUCCUGUCUGCCUCCACCACUGCCCUGACAGGAGCUUGAUGAAGAACAUGCAACUAUGUCACAUGAGUGAGACUGUUCAGCAGAUUCCCGGCAUGAGGGGAAAGAGGAAAAGGCAAGAGGAACCCCUGUGUAAGAAGCACCAUGAGGUUCUGACCCUGUUCUGUGAGAAGGACCUGGAGCUGCUGUGUGCCCAGUGCAGGGUGUCAUCCGACCACCAGGAUCAGCCCCUGGUCCCCAUUGAGGAAGCAGCAGCUAGUCACAGGGGGAUGCUCAAAAGGAACAUUGAGGCCAAGAUUAAUCAUCUUGAAGUUGUAGAAAUGUUAUAUAAAAACCAAGUUGAAAAUACUUGGGAAGUGAAGAGAAAGAUGGAAAAAUGGAGGGAGGAGUUGGACAAUGAAUGUAAAGAAAUUAAGUGUUUCUUAGCAAUCGAGCAAAAUGAAAUUGAUAACAAUCUACUUAUAGAAGAGAAGGAUAUUGAAGAAAAACUAAUUGAAAAUGGAAGGCAAAUUUCAAACCAUAGGUUCAGGGUAAGCAGUCUGUUAAGUAAAAUAAAAGAGAAGUGUUUGCAGACAGAUGAGGAUUUACUCACAGGCAUUGAAAGCAUUCACAACAGGUAUGGAAACCGAGAGACCCCUGCAGUGUUUUCAUGUGAUUUAAAGAAGGGGACUUACAAUCUCCCCCCACACUACUUGGGCCUGCAUAAAAUGAUCCGAAUGUUUCAGGCAGAUUUGACACUGGAUCCUGAAACUGCCCAUCCAAACUUCAUUAUGUCAAGAGAUAAAAAAAGUGUGACAUAUAGGACACCAAAUGGUUUUCCUAAUAUCCAGGAUCUUACUUCUUACCCAGCUGUCCUGAGUUCUGAGGGAUUUGAUGCUGGCAGGCAUUUUUGGGCGGUAAAAAUAACAGGCACAGGUGAAUGUUUUUUAGGUGUGUGUAAGGAAUCUUUCCCCAGAAAUACUGACAUACCGCCAUCAGCAAGAAAUGGAUGCUGGCAAUUUUCGCUCUGGAUUCCUACAAGUGGCCCUUCCCCCAUAGGACAACCGAAGAUUGGCAUUUUCCUGGACUAUGAGUUGGGAGAGGUUUCAUUUUAUAAUUUGAAUAACGGGUCAUGCUUGCAUGGAAUCACUGAUACAUUUACAGAAAAACUUAUGCCUUAUUUUUCCAUUGCAUCUUCUUCAGCAUCCCUUAUAAUCAAUGUCAUCUGA